AUGUCAUCUCCGAGCUCUGCCCAGCAUCCAGCAGCUGAGAGUGCCUGCAGACUCACCCUGGGACAAGUCAGCCAGGUUCGACCCAAACUGCCACUUCUGAAGAUUCUGCAGGCUGCAGGUGCCCAGGGUGAAACCUUCACACUGAAGGAGGUUAUGCAUUACCUAGGACAGUACAUCAUGGUGAGGCAGCUAUAUGACAAAAGGCAGCAACACAUGGUCUAUUGUGGAGGAGAUCAGCUGGGAGAACUGCUGGGGCUGGAGAGCUUCUCUGUAAAAGAUCCAAGCCCAGUCUAUGACAUGUUGAAACGGAACCUGACUUCUGCUGCCAUGGCAGAUGCUGCACAGAGUCACGCAAGGGAACAGAGCGUCGAUAAGCCAAGCCAAGACCAGCUGAAGUUUAGCCGUCAGGAAGGUUCUGGUGCUGGUGGCAUGGAGGGAGAAAGCAAGGCUUCUGCUUUGGCUACCUCAGAGCAAAAAUGUGAGAAUUAUGAAGACAAAGACUUAAUAGAAAACCUCUCUAAAAGCAAGAAGCCUAAACUGGACCUAGUGUUUGAGGAAUGGGAUGUAGCUGGUCUUCCAUGGUGGUUUUUAGGCAACCUCAGAAGCAAUUACAAGUCCAGAAGUAAUGGAUCAACAGAUAUUCAGACUAACCAGGACAUAGACACUGCCAUUGUCUCAGAUACUACUGAUGACUUGUGGUUCCUCAACGAGUGCCCCUCAGAUCAGAGCAGUGCUGCAGCCAGGGUGGAAACAGCUGACUGUGAGGAAGUGAAAGAAGGUGACAAAAAGGUGACUGAGGAUGCAUGCUUGCAGGACUUUGAGGAUUCUGAGUGCUUAAGUGAUGACACAGACACAGAAACUGCUUCUGAGGACUGCUGGCAAUGCACCAAGUGCAAGAAAUUUAACUCCCCAGGCAAACGGUACUGCUACCGCUGCUGGGCCCUGCGGAAGGACUGGUACUCAGACUGUCCCAAACUGGCCCAUUCUCUUUCUCUGUCCAACAUUGAUGCUAUGCAAAACAAAAGUGAGGAUGAAGGGAUAGAUGUCCCAGACUGCAGAAGGACUGUUUCUGCUCCAGUUGGCCAACCCAAAGACCUGUACUUGGUAGAGAACAAAUCACGCGCGGAUGCCUGCGGCUCUAUCGAGUCUUUGGAUUUGGCAAGAGGAUGUGAAAGCAAGGAGUCCCUGCUGCAUGUCACUGAGCAUAAAAAGGAGGAAGAAAUAGAGUCUUUAGAGAAUAUAAAAAAAAUAUUGAACCCUUGCUUCUUAUGCCAUCACAGACCACGGGAUGGGAACAUUGUCCAUGGAAAGACCGCUCACCUUGUGGCCUGUUUCAAGUGUGCAAAGAUGCUGAAGAAAAAGAGAUCACCUUGCCCAGUGUGCAGGAAAGAGAUCAAGAUGGUGAUCAGGAUCUUUAUGGGGUAG